UCACCAUCUCGAUAAUCUAACAAAAAAAAAAAAAAUUCCCAAAUCUUUUCCUUUUCUUCAAUUAAAUCACACCACACCAAUAUUUUCAUUAAGAUCUCACUCAUUCCUUCAUUAUUCCGAUGAUAAAUUAAUCAUUUCUUUUACUGUUCUCUUCAGACAAAGAUAAAAAAAAAAGAAAAAGAAAAGAGAGAGCCAUGACUGAUUACUCCAAGGAAGAUUUUUUGCAGCUUAUUAAGAGAAUUGGGGCUUAUUUAUCUUCCAAAGUUUCCAAGAUUUUCAAUACCCAGGAUGUGUCUGUGUGGGCUAUAGCGGGGUUGGCUGUUGCAGUAAUUUUCACAUAUAGAUUGUUCAGGACACCCAGUGAACCUCGAAGAAGACAACCUAAGCGUCAAGCUCCCGCAUCUAGCAGUUCCGGAGUCAAUAGUCAUCCUGAUGCAAAUUUAUUUCCUUCCAACGUCGGUUCAUCUUCUGAAGAGUCAAGAGCACAAACUGUUAUUAAUGAGUUCUUUCAGCCUGUAAAGCCUACUUUAGGACAAAUAGUCAGACAAAGACUAAGUGAUGGAAGGAAGGUAACUUGUCGCUUGCUUGGUGUUAUAUUUGAAGAAAGUACUCCUGAGGAACUUCAGCAGAACCAAGCAACUGUGAGAUCCUCUGUUUUAGAUGUUCUUCUGGAGAUUACAAAAUUCUGUGACCUUUAUCUCAUGGAAACAGUCCUUGAUGAUGAAAGCGAAAAAAAGGCUUUAUCGGCAUUGGAAAAUGCCGGGAUUUUUACGUCGGGUGGCUUGGUCAAAGACAAGGUACUUUUUUGUAGCACAGACAUUGGACGGACAUCUUUUGUUCGACAGCUGGAGCCGGAUUGGCAUAUAGACUCCAGUCGAGAAAUCGCUACUCAGUUGGCGAGGUUCAUCAAGUAUCAGCUUCACAUCUCCACUACCAAAACCGAAAGAAUUGCUUCCAAUGUUUUCAGUUCGUCAUCCUUGGAACACUUUUUCAUCGGUUAACCUUUUGGAUACGGUCAAUCCCGGGAGUCCUAAGUUUUCUUUUUUGGUCUGAUAUUUGUACCUUGUGGUGUCAUGCUCAUUAAUGUUCUUGCACGAGGCUUGGUUUUGUGCAAAAGUUUGAUCAAAAAUGUACCUCCUUAGAUACCAUGAUACAUGUAUGUGGUCUGUGUAGUUUAUGUUACAUUCAAAGAUAAAGAACUUGGUUGAUACUAAGUUCUUACCUUGUUAGUGUUUUAUAGGAUCUUGUAGCCAUUGAUCCUUUAUAAAUAUUAUCUAGUGUUGGUCAUGAAA